AUGCCUACAUACUGUUUGUUUAUGAUGAUUAAUAUCCUAACCUGGAAUAUUAGAGGCGCUGCCGCGAAGGGGGUUCCUCUAUUGAUCAAGGACUUGGCUAUAAGGCAUCAUAUCAGUUGUAUGGCACUUUUUGAGACCCGUGCUAGUGGGUCUAGGGCGACUAAUAUUGUCUCCUCUUUAGGUUUUGAUAGCUCUUUUGUUGUGGAUGCUGAGGGCUUUGCGGGUGGUAUAUGGGUUUUGUGGAAGUCUCAUGAAGUCCAACUGCAGGUCCUCCAGGCUCACAGACAGUUUGUACAUGCUCAAUUGACAUGUGGAGUUUCCACCAGCCCGUUUUUAGUGACGUUUGUGUAUGGUAGUCCACAGGUGGCCACCAGGAAUUUAUUGUGGACCUCGCUGGAGGACCUUGGUGCCAAUGCCAAUUUUCCUUGGAUGGUGAUAGGUGACUUUAAUGCUAUUUUGGGAGCUGAUGAGAAAUAUGGUGGCGCCGCUGCAAAUUUCCCUUCCAUGCGGAGAUUUCGUCUGUGCAUGGAUCGUUGUCAGUUGUCUGAUAUGGGCUUUAAGGGCCCACCCUUUACUUGGGAAUGGCGUGGAGUGAAGGAAAGGCUCGACAGAGGCACUUGCAAUCUUGACUGGCUGGAAGCCUACCCAGAUUCUUCCAUUCUUCAUCUUCCCCAAUUGAAGUCAGAUCACAAACCUCUUCUUCUUAGGAGCUCCAUUCAGGAGGGACAUCAUGUGUUGGAACGCCCCUUCAGGUUUAUGUCGUGCUGGCUGACGGAUAAUCGAUUCCCUCAUGUGGUUAGUCAUGCUUGGCGUAAUAACUCUGAUUGGGCUUCUGCUUCCGAGUGUUUCAAGAGGGAUGUGACUGAGUGGAACUCUCAGGUCUUUGGGGAUGUGUUUCGCCGAAAGAGUCGUCUAAUGAAGAGGUUAGAAGGGAUUAAUACUAAACUGAGGAUGCAGCAUAACCCUUUUCUCCAUAACCUUCAACGUAAGCUUUGGCAGCAAUAUAAUCGUGUACUUGUUCAGGAGGAGAUGAUAUGGCACCAAAAAUCUCGAUGCAUGCGGGUUAAACAUGGGGAUAGGAACACAAGGUUCUUCCAUGCCUAUACCAAGACCCGUAGGAAACGUAAUCGGAUUGAGGCACUCACCACGGCGGAGGGGGCCCUAGUUACGGACUUGGACGCUCUUCGUUCAAUGACAGUGGCGUUCUAUGACUCUUUGUAUACGUCCCCAGGCCCGCUUAGAACACUACCGGCCGCUCGGGGUUUUAACCCGCUUGGGUAG